AUGUUUUCUGAUACUUCAUUUGAAAAUGAUUCUUUUCUUGAGUUACUUAUAAGUAAUACUUCUGCAGAAGCACAUUUAAAUGAUGAUGAGGAGUUAGUUAAUGAUAGAACACCAUUCAUUAAAAAUAUAUUAGGCUCUGAAUUUGAAAAUUAUAGUAGUGAUCUGUCUUUGAUUAUUACUCCUAUUGAGAUUGAGGAUUUUCUUAAAGAUUUUAAGAAUAUUCAGCACUCUUAUUGUGAAGAUGUGUUUAAACAGAGGAUUGAAGGUAUAAUUAAAAAAUAUAAGCAAGGAGAAAGAUAUAUAACAAUAUUAUUAAAUCGAAAAGCCAGCUGGAUAAAAUGUUUUACAUCUCAAUGUUUUAUAGCGGAAACACAAUUUACACAAUACGUAGA